CUCAGCGGACUGUGCGGUCAUGAAUUGCCAUAGCAAGAUCUUAGAAAGAUGGCAAAAGGAAUCCAAUUCAAACCAAUCGCAAAAUAGAAUUAAGGGAGUGUCAAUUAGCAAACCUCAAAUAAUACAGUAAAAUGCUCUUUUUCUUGGUUGCCCAAUCAGUGUAGCUACAUGGUUUCCAGCUUAAAGAAAGUAGGAAGCCUUUGAGUUUUCUUGGCCUACGCAUUCUAUUCACAUGAGGAAGUUCUUAUUCUUUUUCUUGAGAAUCAGUUGUGUUUAGUCAGGGCAUUUUCUUCUACUUUUUUCGUUAAAAUUAAAAUCCAGCUGGGGUUAGACUUCAUGAAUUCCCCCUAUCAACCCACCAGACUUUUGAUUUCAAUAAUUAUGAUUUUAUCCGUAAAUGCUUAUCCAUGGUAUUGAAACAAACAUAAGGAUCCCCGCCCCUCUAAAAAGGAAAAUUUACGGUUAAAGGACCUAAUUAAGAUUAUAUUAAUAAUUAGAAGGCUAGGCUUUACCUGUAAACAAAAAAGUGAAAGAAACAAAGAAGUCUAUUGCUUUAGAUUUUUUUUCCUGAAAAACAAGUGAGAGCUAAUUUAUGAAAGAAAGGCAAACCUCAGUCUCUCUGUGAUUCAAACAGGAAAAGAAAACAAAGAAUGUCGAGCGAAGUAGAGGAGGCGGCUCGACGCCGUACAGCGAUCGCCGAGUACCGCAAGAAGCUACUGAACCAUAAAGAGCUCGAAUCCCGAGUCCGUACAGUGAGAGAGAAUUUGCGGGCUGCCAAGAAGGAAUUUGCCAAAACUGAAGAUGAUUUGAAGUCCCUUCAGAGUGUUGGACAAAUCAUUGGUGAAGUUCUCAGGCCACUCGACAAUGAACGCUUGAUAGUUAAAGCAAGCAGUGGACCUAGGUAUGUGGUUGGUUGUCGUAGUAAAGUGGACAAAGAAAAACUAACAGCUGGAACCCGAGUUGUUCUUGAUAUGACUACUCUCACAAUCAUGCGAGCUCUUCCUCGUGAGGUUGAUCCAGUUGUAUAUAACAUGCUUCAUGAGGAUCCUGGUAAUGUUAGCUACUCUGCUGUGGGAGGGCUCUCAGAUCAGAUUCGAGAGCUUAGAGAAUCUAUAGAACUGCCUCUCAUGAAUCCAGAGCUCUUUUUGAGGGUGGGAAUCAAGCCUCCCAAGGGUGUUCUUCUUUAUGGACCUCCUGGAACAGGAAAGACAUUAUUAGCUAGAGCCAUAGCAAGCAACAUAGAUGCCAACUUUUUGAAGGUUGUGUCGAGUGCUAUUAUUGAUAAAUAUAUUGGUGAAAGUGCUAGAUUGAUUAGAGAGAUGUUUGGGUACGCACGUGAUCAUCAACCAUGUAUUAUAUUUAUGGAUGAGAUUGAUGCCAUCGGUGGACGUCGAUUCAGUGAGGGAACAAGUGCAGACCGUGAAAUCCAAAGAACACUCAUGGAGUUGCUUAAUCAGCUUGAUGGAUUUGACCAGCUUGGGAAGGUUAAAAUGAUUAUGGCAACAAACAGACCUGAUGUUCUGGACCCUGCACUUCUUCGACCGGGCCGUCUAGACAGGAAGAUAGAAAUUCCAUUGCCAAAUGAGCAGUCAAGAAUGGAAAUCCUCAAAAUCCAUGCUGCUGGAAUUGCCAAACAUGGUGAUAUUGACUAUGAAGCGGUUGUGAAGCUUGCUGAGGGGUUCAAUGGUGCUGAUCUUAGAAAUGUUUGCACUGAAGCUGGGAUGUCUGCAAUCCGUGCAGAACGUGAUUACGUCAUCCAUGAGGAUUUCAUGAAGGCUGUCCGGAAAUUAAAUGAGGCCAAGAAGCUUGAAUCUAGUGCUCACUACAAUGCUGACUUUGGAAAGGAUUGAAACCCUGUUUAUCAUGCUUGAUUUUUCCGAUAGCAUGCCAUGCAACUCAGACCCUGAAUGAAAUGGAGGAGUUCAGAUCUUGUACCAUUUGUUGUUACUGUCAGUGGAAUCGCUGCUUGUCUAUUUCAC